AUGGCCUCGGCCUCGGCCUCCGCUCUGGCCCGAAGCGCACGGGGCUCUCCUCUCCGGCCGGACCCUCAAGGCGGAGCCUGGCGCGUAAUGGCGCAACGGAGCGGCCGGGAGCGUCGGGCGCCUUCGCUGCUCCUGACCAUUGCCGGGGCCUGGGGGGAGAAGCGCGGGAAGGAGCCCACGCGCCACGGCUUCACCCACCAUGGACUUCAGGCUUCUAAAACGAGGCGAUUGAUUCUGAGGUGCUGAAAGACCCGCAGAGCGUUGGUUCCUGUGAGGAUGAACCUGACGGGCUGGGCUGAGACAAAGUGGACAGACCGCUCCAAUUCCUCGGUACAGCCGCCGCCGCCACACCCUUGGGGCAGCAAUGACACCUUUUCCUUCCAAGGAGACCUCCAAGACAUCAUCCACACAGCUACCUUGGUGACGUGCACCUUCCUGUUGGCUGUCAUCUUCUGCCUGGGCUCCUACGGCAACCUCAUUGUCUUCCUGUCCUUCUUCGACCCGGCCUUCCGGAAGUUCCGCACCAACUUUGACUUCAUGAUCCUCAACCUGUCCUUCUGCGACCUCUUCAUCUGCGGAGUGACCGCCCCCAUGUUCACCUUUGCCCUGUUCCUGGACUCGGCGGCGGGCAUCCCCGAUGCUUUCUGCUUCACCUUCCACCUCACCAGUUCUGGCUUCAUCAUCAUGUCCCUCAAGACGGUGGCCGUCAUCGCCCUUCACCGGCUCCGCAUGGUGUUGGGCAAGCAGCCCAACCGGACGGCCUCUUUCCCUUGCACCCUUUUGCUCACCUUGGCCUUGUGGUCCAUGAGCUUCACCCUGGCGACGCUGGCCACCAUGAGGACCCAGAAAUCCCGCCUCUGCCUCCCCAUCUCCAGCCUGGUCAUCGGAGAGGGGAAGGUGGUCCCUUACUUGUACGUCAUCGACUUCAUCUGCUGCGUGGCGGUGGUUUCCGUCUCCUACAUCAUGAUCGCCCAGGCCUUGAGGAAGAACGCCCAGGUGCGCAAAUGCCCCCCCAUCAUCACAGUCGAUGCAUCCAGGCCUCCGCCAUUGAUCGGACCCCUUGCCGCUGGGUGCGCUGAUGGCGUGCAGUGCGCCGUGCCCGCUCUCUACAGAAACCAAAACUACAACAAGCUGCAGCACAUCCAAACCCACGCGUACACAAAGAACCUCAGCCAGCUGCCUGCAACUGCAGCCAGCAGUUUCCAGCUGGUGUCGACAGUGAACUUGUCGACAGCCAAGGACUCUAAGGCCGUGGUGACGUGCGUUGUCAUUGUCCUUUCGGUGUUAGUCUGCUGCCUCCCCCUCGGCAUCUCCCUGGUGCAGGACGUUCUGUCCCGCAACAGCGGCUUCAUCCUCUACCAGUUCGAACUGUGUGGGUUCACUCUCAUCUUCUUCAAGUCUGGGCUGAACCCUUUCAUUUAUUCCCGGAACAGCGCGGGGCUGAGGAGGAGGGUCCUUUGGUGCCUCCAGUACUUCGCCCUCGUCUUCUUCUGCUGCAAGCAGAAGACGAGGCUCCGCGCCGUGGGCAAAGGGAGCCUCGAGGCCAACCGCAACAAGUCGUCCCACCACGAGACGAACUCCGCUUACAUGCUCUCUCCGAAGCCUCAGAAGAAGUUUGUGGACCAAGCCUGCGGCCCGAGUCACUCCAAGGAAAGCGUGCUGAGCCCAAAGGCUUCCGCCGGCCGCCAGCAUUACGGGGCCCAGAGCAGCUCCACCCCUAUGAACACUCGCAUCGAACCUUAUUACAGCAUCUAUAACAGCUGCCCUUCCCAGGAAGUGAGCACUCCCAACAGCCUGCAGCCCACAAACUCUCCCUUUGGAUUCGCCAACUCCUACAUCGCCAUGCACUAUCACGCGAUGACCGACGUGGUGAGGGAUUUCGACAGUACUUCUGCUAAGCAGAUACCAGUUCCCUCGGUGUAGCUAGCGGGAGCUGAGACUC